AUGUUGGUGUGCCGUCGGCGGGCGCCUUGGGCGCCAAGCGCUCUGGCCCCGGAUGUGCCGCAGGAGGUCUUCGACGGUGUUGAUGGCCCACCAUUUGGUGGCAAGAGCCUGGUUCUCGCUGUCGUCAUCGAUGUCGCCAUGUGGGUGGCUCUCUACUGGCGUAACUACGACAACUUGUGGAACAUCACCGUGGCACACUACUAUACCUUCAUCACCAUCACGGACCUCGCAGCGCUGCGACUGCCUCCUGCGCGACGCAGCUGGUGGAAUCCCUUCCGGGCGAUCGUCUCCAUGUCCUACAUCAUUCACGAAGCAUCCCUGGCUCUAAAGACACUGGAGCCCUUGGAAUACAUGCUCUUCAUCAGGGAGGGUCUCUGCCUGGUGCGCCUCAUCCACUCCGUCUACUGCGUCGCCAAGCUGCCUGGUGGAACGGAUCUGGGCAUUUUCUCCGAACCCGACCCCUCCCAAACCAUAAAGGGAACUCCAGAAAGUUGGAAUAUGGAUUAG